AUGAACAAAUUGAUAAAGGAGGAUUAGGAGAGAACUAAAACAAAAAUACUCCAUCCACGUUCACCAUUUGUGGCAAAAUGGAACGUAACAUUCCUCUAUGCUUGUCUCUUUGCUUUGUUUUUAGACCCUCUUUAUUUCUAUAUUCCUAUUACAGGAGACAAAGCGUGCAUGGAAACAGAUUUGGUUCUUGGUUUGUUAGUCACGUUCUCGCGAACCGUCGCAGAUCUCUUCUUCUUGUUUCACAUAAUUCUUAAGUUCAGAACUGCCUUCAAUUCUCCUACCUCUUUCGUUUAUGGUCGCAAAGAACUUAUCACUGAUCCGGGUCAGAUCGCCCGCCGAUAUAUCAAGCAUGAUUUCAUUAUUGAUCUUCUUGCCACCCUUCCUUUGCCUCAGGUUAUCAUUUGGGUUGUGAUUCCAGCUACAAAGAACUCAAAUGCAGCUCAUGUAAACCACACAUUGUCCCUAAUAGUUCUCAUUCAGUUCAUUCCUAGAUGUUUUCAGAUUUUUCCUUUACAACGUCGAAUCUUAAAGACUAGCGGCCUUAUAGCCAAAACUGCUUUAGCAGGGGCAUUGUACAAUCUUGGUUUCUACAUGCUGGCCAGCCAUGUUUUAGGAGCAACAUGGUAUGUGUCAUCUAUUCAAAGACAAUAUGAGUGUUGGAGAAUAAUGUGCAAGAAGGAAAUGAACAGAACACAUUCUCCUUCUUGUGAUCCUUCUUUUCUUGAUUGUAGCACACUUGUUAAUAAUGAACGUCAAGUUUGGUUCAGACGCACUAGAGUCCUCACAGCUUGUGAUGCAUUCCAGGAUAAAAAUCACUUUCAGUUUGGAAUGUUUGCUGAUGCUUUUACUGAUCACGUCUCUUCCUCAAGAUUCUUCCAAAAAUAUUUUUAUUGCCUCUGGUGGGGUUUGAAAAAUCUAAGUUCAUAUGGACAAAAUCUUAAGACUAGCACUUACAGUGGUGAAACAUUAUUUUCAAGUUUUAUAUGUAUAGCAGGUCUUAUACUGUUUGCACAUCUCAUUGGUAACAUGCAGAAUUAUCUGCAAUCUACAACUGCAAGACUUGAAGAGUGGAGACUUAAACAAAAAGAUACAGAAGAAUGGAUGAAUCAUCGCCAACUUCCACCAGAACUACAAGAACGUGUUCGUCGCUUUGUUCAGUACAAAUGGCUUGCUACUAGAGGUGUUGACGAAGAAGCCAUUUUGAAAUCCUUGCCUGUUGAUCUUCGCCGCCAGAUUCAGAGGCAUCUCUGUCUUGACAUUGUUCGCCGGGUACCAUUUUUCGGCCAAAUGGAUGAUCAGCUUCUAGAUGCUAUAUGCGAACGUUUAGUAUCAUCAUUGAACACAAAAGGCUCAUACAUAGUUAGAGAAGGUGAUCCAGUGAAAGAGAUGCUUUUUAUCAUCAGAGGAAGUAUAGACAGUUCUACAACAGAUGGUGGUAGAUCAGGAUUCUUCAAUUCAAUCACACUAAAACCAGGUGAUUUUUGUGGUGAAGAAUUGCUAACAUGGGCUUUAAUGCCAGCAUCUAGUCUAAACCUUCCAUCAUCUACAAGAACUGUUAAGACACUAAGUGAAGUAGAAGCAUUUGCACUUAGAGCAGAAGAUCUCAAAUUUGUGUCAAGCCAGUUUAAGCGUCUUCAUAGCAAGAAACUGCAACAUGCUUUCAGAUACUACUCUCAUCAGUGGAGAGCUUGGGGGGCAUCUUUUAUACAAGCUGCGUGGCGGCGUCAUAGGAAGAGACAAUUGGCAAUGGAGUUGUUAGAGAAAGAGAAUUUGUAUUAUGAAAAUGUGAUGGAGCUAGAGGAUUAUGAAGAGAGUGGUGGAGGAGAGAGUUCUAUGGGAUUGGAGGAGGAUAAUGCUAGUCAUGGUUUUGGUGCUACAUUUUUGGCUUCAAAAUUUGCUGCAAACACUAAGAAAGGAGCAGUUAAAAAGGUGACAAUGAUCCCUGAUAGUAGCAGUUUAAAGAUGCCCAAGAUGUUUAAGCCAACUAUGCCUGAUUUCUCAACAUUUCAUGAAGAUUAAUUAAUUAGUUUUGAAGUCUCAUGAGGACUGAAUUAUGAAUGAGGACAA